ACCGGAAACGAACCAUUGACGGAAGGAAGGCAUGUGUUUUGGCGCUACCGUCAUUCAUUAAGAAUUUUGUUGAAUAUUGACAAAGAUUUGACUACAUAAGAAUAAACAUGCCUUCAGACGCAAAAAAGAAGAGAGAUCAGAAGAAGAAAGAUGCUGCAAAGCGUGGAAAGAAGAGGACAACAGAAAAUGGAGAAGAUGGUGAAAACGAACAAGAAACGAACGGAGUGGCAACAAAUGGAGCUUCAAAUGGUGUACAUGAAAUAACAAGUGAGAUGAUGGAAAUGGACUUGAAAGCUAAGCACAGAUCUGUAACGGGAGUGUUAGCAUCUCAUCCCGAUAGUCGUGAUGUCCAUAUACAUAACUUAUCUCUCACCUUCCAUGGAGCUGAGCUAAUUGUCGACACACGUCUAGAACUUAAUGUGGGGCGGCGAUAUGGGCUGAUUGGUUUGAAUGGAUGUGGAAAGUCCUCCUUGUUGUUUGCUCUGGAGUGUCGAGAGGUGCCCGUACCUGAUCACGUGGACAUCUUUCACCUGAGUCGUGAGAUGCCACCCAGCGAUAAAACAGCCCUGCAGUGUGUGAUCGAGGUGGAUAAGGAACGUCUGAAGCUGGAACAUGAGGCUGAGGUCUUGGCAAGUCAGGACACUGAAGAAUCCCAUGAGCGUCUGAUGGACGUUUACGACAGAUUGGAGGAUAUGGAUGCCGACAAAGCCGAGGCACGUGCAGGGUAUCUCCUUUUUGGUCUGGGUUUCACAAAGGAGAUGCAGCAUACCAAGGUGAAAAAUUUCUCCGGAGGCUGGCGGAUGAGGAUAGCCCUGGCCAGGGCCCUUUAUAUUAAACCCUCACUGCUUCUACUUGACGAGCCCACGAACCACCUCGAUCUUCAGGCCUGUGUCUGGCUUGAAGAAGAACUUCAAGCAUACAAACGAAUAUUAGUGGUCAUAUCUCACUCCCAGGAUUUCAUGAACGGCGUCUGCAACACCAUCAUCCACUUCCAUCAACAGAAGCUGAAAUAUUUUGGAGGUAACUACGACGCAUACAUUCAGACACGAUUUGAAUUGGAAGAAAAUCAACAAAAACGUUACAAGUGGGAACAGGACCAAAUCUCUCAUAUGAAGAAUUACAUCGCCAGAUUUGGACACGGUAGUGCCAAACUGGCUAGACAAGCGCAGAGUAAAGAAAAGACGUUAAAGAAAAUGGUGGAUGGUGGUCUAACGGAGAGAGUUGGCGCCGAUAAGACGAUGACAUUCUACUUCCCGAGCUGUGGUAAAAUCCCACCGCCAAUCAUUAUGGUACAACAUGUCAGCUUCAAGUACGCAGACAACAAGCCGGAAAUCUACAAGAAUCUAGACUUUGGAAUUGAUCUUGACACUAAGGUGGCCUUGGUGGGACCGAACGGUGCUGGAAAAUCUACGCUACUCAAACUGAUCGCUGGCGAGUUAAUACCAACCGAUGGACUCAUUCGACGACACUCACAUUUGAAGAUUGGACGUUAUCAUCAGCACUUACAAGAACAGUUAGACCUAGACAUGACUGCCCUGGAUUGGAUGUUAAAGUGUUACCCAGAUGUCAAGGAGCGAGAGGAAAUGAGAAAAAUCAUCGGCCGAUACGGUCUGUCAGGAAUGCAACAGGUUUGCCCUAUCAGAAAUCUGUCGGAUGGCCAGAGAUGUCGUGUGAUAUUUGCAUGGUUAGCGUGGCAGAACCCACAUCUAUUGAUGUUGGACGAACCUACCAACCAUUUGGACAUUGAGACCAUCGAUGCACUGGCAGAGGCAAUCAAUGACUUUGAUGGCGGCCUCAUGUUAGUUAGCCACGACUUCAGACUUAUAUCACAGGUUGUCGAGGAAAUUUGGAUAUGUGAGAAACAGACAGUUACGAAAUGGGAAGGAGAUAUAUUCGCGUACAAGCAGAUGUUGACACAGAUUGUGAAGAAGGACAAUGCAAAGCUUGCAAAACUACAACAGACGCAGAAAAAAUGAUGACGGACAUUUUUUAGGAACUGAAAUUUAGGACAAAUGUAUCUGCACCAUGGAAACAUCAGAAAUAUGUUUGAAACUUUUGUUUCCAUGAGUUUAACUCGUUUAUUGGAGGACCUGGAUAAGAUCUCUGAUGUGAUAAAUACUUUGAACAAUUUGGCCGUUCCGUAUUGUUGAUAUGACAGAUUGUUUUUACCAAGACACUUGAGCUGUUAGCAAUAUAUAGAUAUAUAUCUGCAAAUGCAUGGUAAAAUGAUGAAUAUUUUCUAAUUCUGAAAAUUCAUACCAGUAAAGACAAUACAAAGUACACGAGUCUGACUGACAGGUCUAGUUCUAACAUGGGUACUGUAUGGCAAACAAAAAGAUCUGCUACAAUGACCUCUAGUAGAUGUCUGGAAGCGUGAUUUAGCAUUUACACUAGGAUUUAGCCCGUUGUAUCUUUACAAGUUCUAGUGAAACCAUAGCGGUCAUUUGCUCUGGUGUUCCGUUAUAAUUUACAGUCAAGUAUUUAAAAAGCAUUUUUCAUUUGGCUGCAUUUACAAAUUGCUUGGAACUAAGGUAAGUGUCCCAGACGAAAUACUCGUUUAGAUUGCUCUUGUUUGCUUUUAAAGAAACUCUACCCUGUAGGAUGGAGUGUUUUUGCUGAACAAAAUCAAAGGAUUAUAAAGAUUUGAUCCAUUGUGUAACAUUCUGUACUAUUUAAAAUGACAUAUUUGUUUUUAUUUAUUUUCAUCUGUUGAUUACCCAUAUUGGUGAAUAUUUUGACAUUUAAUGUUCCGAAAAUUGGAACUGAUUCCUAAAGCUUGUUCAAAAGGUAAUGCUGAUUCCAUGUUGUGUAUAAACUCCAUAACUGAAAUCAUUAAAAAUCAAUUUCAUGGUCGAGUAGUCGCAUGAAUCGUAGCACAGAAGGAUGAUUCUUUUUAAAUGUCUGCAUGUGUAAAAAUGAGUUUCCGUCCUCAACAUUCAUGCUCUGAAGAAGUUUUUGUUGGAAUAAACUGAAAUAUAACGAGUUUUGAAACCAAUUUAGUAAUUGAUUGAUUUACAAAUUAUAUUUGAUAGCUUUACAAAAAAGUUGUUGUUUCACUCUGUUUUAACUUUAAUCCCACGAACAGCUUAAUUCGAACGGCAAAUAUACAUUAAAAUAGAGAGUUAUCUUUGAAAUAUUGGACAUGACAAGAAACGUUACUUUCAUUUGUCUCACCAAUAAUGCGAUUUACAUCUAGUGGUUUACUCUACCUUGAUUUACAUAUGUAUAUAUAAAGUACACACUUCAUGGUACUUUUUUCUCUCGUCUUCAAUGAAGACUUUUUGUGUCGCUGCAUUUUUACAAACUGAUGUAAAUUACGAUUUUUAAGAUAAUACAUGUAUUCAGUUUUAAUUAAUUUAUAUUUCCCAACAACCACAACCCCAGUUUAUGAAAGAAUUCUAGACUUCAUCAGCUUCAAAUGAUUGUAGAUAAAGAAAUCUGUAUUGGAUUUUUGGGGUUGGUAUAUUUGGAGCAAGUGUUGGUAGUAAAAUGUAGCUGAAUAUAUGAGAUUUCUCUUUCAUAGAAAUUUCAUUGUUUUCUCCACUAUUUAGAAACAAAUUGGCAUCAGUAAAAAAACUUCUUGUUUUUGAAGUCCACGAAUCAAAGCCAGAUGGCUUGUUCAAGGCAGGACUUUGAGAGAAAGUCAUAGCAAUGUUUCUAGCAAUCGCAGAAAUAGUUUGACAAUUGUGCUUUUAAAUUAUGGUAUUGGAACUUUUAAACUCAAUGCAAUUCAGUGCAUUAUGUUUUCAGUACAUUGUACCUAUGAAUGGGCAAAAGGACGUGAAUUUUAUUUUGGAACUGCAUUUUGUUGUAUGCAUAUUUUGUACAUUGAAGCGUGUAACUUAUUUGCACUAUCAUGAACAAAAAUAGUUUUGAAAAACAAAACAAAAAUGAUGGAGAGAAAAACAAAACAAAAAUGAUGGAGAGA